CCACUUUCAUGGCCGCACCUGCAAACUCGUCGUCUCAAUGUUCCAAUUCUACCCAAAUCGCUCUCUCCCCUCUCUCCGACCUCUCCUCUUCCUCCCCCGCCUUCCUCCUCCUCCUCCUCCUCCUCGCUCCUUUCGUUGUCGCGCCGCCGCAGAUAUCCCCCUUAACGACGGAAUCAUAAUACCACGCGAACCGGAUUCAACCUCCGACUCAGCGAAGUCUCGAGAUGUCUCCGCAGCCGCAGCGGGAGGGAACGGUGAAUCGGGUAAGUGGAGGAAAAGGAGAAUCCUGUGGUCGAAAAGCAGAGUGAGUUACUUGGUGGGGGAUGACGACGCGCUUCCUCUACCUAUGACUUAUCCGAAUACGUCACCUGUGUCGCCCGAUGAGAUUGACCGGAGGUUGCAGUGUGAUCCUGUUGUCGAGGAUUGCAAGGAAGUGGUUUAUGAGUGGACUGGGAAGUGUAGAAGUUGCCAAGGAUCUGGAUCUGUUAGCUAUUACAAGAAAAGGGGUAAAGAGGUUAUCUGCAAAUGCAUACCUUGCCAAGGGAUAGGAUAUGUGCAGAAGAUAACAUCUCGAAAGGACAUUGAAGUGAUGGAAGAUUUGGACAAUGAACCAUCUUGACCUUGGGAUUUGCUCAACCAGGCACAACUAUUAGUAUGAGUGCAUCUGCGCUUGAGUUCGUUGUUGAAGUUGCUUCUUUGGGAUGUUUGGCCCAAACAAGCUGAUUGGAGGUAUAGACAGAGACUACUGAUUCUUGUUCGCUUCUUCUUUUUUUUCAAUACUUCCCAAAUAGGAAAUUACUGUUAUAUAUGUAUCAGAUCUUGAGCAACCAUAAACUCUAGGAACUCUUCUUUGUGUUUAGGUUGUUUCAAUUUUCCACAGAGAGAAAAUAAUACAAUCCACUGCUGUUAUCUUCA